UAGAAGUAUCCAUUUAGAAGCGGGAAAAACCCAUAUGGGUUCAAAAGUCAAAAAUACCCGAACUCAGAUGGAUUUUUAUGGUAUGAAAAGGAAAGCACUUCAAGCCCUGUGCAAAAAACACAACAUUCCUGCAAAUUUACCCAACUCGGAGAUGGCCGACAAGCUUGCUUCACUUUUACAGGAAAAAGAGAAACGCGUAAGACGGGGUAAAUCUUGUUUUAAGGGUUCGGCGGAAAUUGGAUGUGAAAAUGGUGGUAUUGUAGAUGCGCAAAUCAAGAAAGUUACAUUUAGUCCUGAAACAGAAAUGAUUGAAUUUGUGAAAUCGAACAUCAGAUAUAUGGGUAUGAGGGGGGCGGGGAGGAGGAAAUCAAUUAGGCUUGUGGAAAUGAAGGGAGAACAGGUCACUGAAAAUAGUAAUACUGUAGAGCGCUUUGAGGAAAUUGUUGAUAACCCGGGUAGAGUUACAAGGUUUAGAGCACAAAAGAUGGUAGAGUGUGGUGCAGCAUUCGUUCCGAGUAGUCCAAUCAAGAAGAACGUCAGAUAUAUGGGUAUGAAGGGGGUGGGGAGGAGGAAAUCAAGGCUUGUGGAAAUGAAGGGAGAACAGGUCACUGAAAAUAGUAAUACUGUAGAGCCCUUUGAGGAAAUUGUUGAUAACCCGGUUAGAGUUACAAGGUUUAGAGCACAAAAAAUGGUAGAGGGUGGUGCAGCUUUCGUUCCGAGUAGUCCAAUCAAGAAGAAGAGAGGGAGAACGGAGGUGAGCGAUGCCGAUAAAAGGGAACAGGCACUUCCUGUCAUAGACAAUAAUGCUGUUGAAGAACCCCGAGUCUUAACAAGGAGAUUGUUGAGGAACAGAGUUGUAGUGGAAGAGGAUAAGAAAGAAAGUGAGGCUGUAGAUGUCGUGAUUUCAAGGAAGGGUGUGAGGCACAGAAAUUUAAAGAAGAGGCAUGUAGAAAGCAGAGAUGAAGUUUCUGGGAAUAAGCCCCCCACAAAGGAGGGUGGAAUUACUGCACUUGACAAGGUGUUGAUGCGAUCAAAGAGAAAUUUGACAAAAGAUGAAGGUUUUGAACAGCUGGAUGGAGAUUUGGUUGCUGAGGGUAGGAAUACACGGUCUCAGACUCUGUUGGCAGUGAAAGCUUCUGCAGCAGAAACUAGAACUGAGACAAAAGUUGAAAGAAAUGAUGACAGGAAGAAAUCUGUCGGGCCUCAAAGGAAUAAGGGAGAUGAGAUUCAGGAAAAAAUGGAAAUAGAUCUACAGCUUGAAGAGCCAUUGAAACGCCCAGCUAGAAACCGAGUUAGGCAGAAAUCUGUUAUGCCUAAAGUUGAGAAAGUGGGAAUUAAUGGAUUGUUUGCAGUGAAUGGGAGCAGAAAACCAACUGGGAGUACAGAUUUGGCUUGUGGAUUUGGUGGUGAAGUUCCAAAAGAACAAGAGAUGGUUUCACAGCUUCAUGUUCGUUUGACCAGGUCAAGGCGCGCCACUUUGAUGGUAAACUCUACUGCUUCAACUAAUGAAGAAUUGUGCUCUCACAAAUUGGCUCAAAAGAACGAGACAGCGAGGCAAUUGAGAAAACCUUUUGCCAAGAAACAAGCUUCUCAAACUGAAGAACAAAUGAAGCGAUCAAGACAGGGUGCAUCUAGACACGAACACUUGGCUGUUCUGGAUAGAAUUGACGAUGCUGCUGGAACUAAUAUGCCAAGAAAGCGAAGAAGAGACCCGAUUUUGGAAGAACAGGGUGUUGAGAAUGAGAGUGCUCCUCUUUUUGAAGAAUUUGCUAGACGGUCAACACGCAGUACUAUUACAAGUGAGUCAAUUGCACCAGCACUUGUUACUGGCAAAGUUGCUGGAAAAAAGAAGGCAAAGAGAAUAUCAAAUCCACCAAAUUUAGAAGUUGAAGCUCCAUUACCUGAGGGACAUUUGGCCAUUAGAGAAACACCGAUUGUAGAUGCUGAAUUUUUGAUGCCAGUGGUCGCAAAUGCCACUGUUGCUUCAAAUUUGAGUAGCAACAAAGGUGUCAAAGAUGGCACUUCUGAAUGGAGAAAGUCCAGUAGGAUAUCUAAUGCUGAGAAGCAAGAGAGCCCUGUGAACUUGCAGAGGGUUCAUACAGAGCAAGAAAUGGGUAUUCCCGAGAGUGCUCCUCUUGUUGGACAAUUUACUAGACGAUCAACACGUAGCACUGUUAGAGGUGAGUCAGUUACACCAGCAGUCGAGAGCCUCGUAAAGUUGCAGAGGGAUCAUACAGAGCAAGAAAUGGAUAUUCCUGAGAGUGCUUCUCUUCUUGGACAAUUUCCCAGACGGUUAACACGUAGCACUGUUAGAGGUGAAUCAGUUACACUAGCAUUCACUACCACCAAAAUUGUUGGGAAAAGUAAGACCAAGAGUAGAUCAAAACCACCAAAUUUAGCAGUGGAAGCUCCAUUACCUGAGGGAAAUUUGGCCAUUAAAGAACCAUCUAUUGCAGAUGCUGAAUUUUUUAUUCCAGUAACUAUAAAAACCACUGUUAAGUCAAAUUUGAGCAGCAAUAAAGUAGUCCAGGAUGCUACUUCUGAAAGGAGGAAGUCCAGUAGGAUAUCUCAUGCCGAAAAGCAAGAGAGCCCUGUGAAGUUGCUGCUUGAUCAUACAGAGCAAGAAAAGGAUAUGUCUAAGGGUGCUUCUCUUCUUGAAGAACUUCCAAGACGGUCAACACGCAGUACUACUAGAGGUGAGUCAGUUGCAUCAGCAGUCGCUACAGGCAAAGUUGCUGGGAAAAGGAAGGCAAAGAGUAUGGGAAAGCCUCCAAAUUUUGAAGCAGAAGCCCUUUUACCUGAAGGAAAUCUGGCCAUUGAAGGACCACCCAUUUUAGACACUGAACUUUCGAUGCCAGCAAUUGCAAAAAACACUGUCAAGUAUAGUACUUCUGGAAGCAGAAAGUCAAGGAGGAUAUCUCAUGCCGGGAUGCAAGAGAGCCCUGUGAAGUUGCAGAUUGGUCAUACAGAGCAAGAAAUGGAUAUUUCUGAAAGUGCUUCUCUUGUUGUCAAACUUCCUAGACGGAAAACACGCAGUGCUAUUAGAAGUGAGUUAGUUACACCAGAAGUCACUGCUGCCAAAGUUGUUAAGAAAAGGAAAACAAAGAGUGGAUCAAAGCCUCCAAAUUUGUACGAGGAAGCUCCAUUGCCUGAGGGAAAUAUGGUCACUAAAGAACCACGUGUUGUAGAUGCUGAAUUUUCUAUGCCAGUAGUUGCAGAAACCACUGUUGAUUCAAAUUUGAGCAGCAACAAAGUUUUCAAGGAUGCUACUUCUCAAAGGAGAAAGUUCAGCACCAUAUCUCAUGCUGAGAAACAAGAAAGCCCUGUGAAGUUGCGGACUGAUCAUACAGAGCAAGAAAUGGUUAUUUCUACAGGUGAAAAUGUGGUUGUUGUAGAGAAGACGAAUAUAUUGGGGGAAGUUAACAUAGAGAAGUCACUCCUCCUAGACUAUGUUUUUAUGGCAGAGAAAACUUCUGUAGCUGAUGGUCACUCACUCCUUGAACACUCGGACUCCAUGGUGAGACUGAAAGAGACCGAGACUGUGGAAAAGCCAUCAACGGGCAAACACAUACAGCCAAGUUCUCUUUUAGUCGAUCCUGGUGUUGAGGAUGGAAGAACUUCUGUUCAUAAGGAGCAGAACUUUGUAGAUUAUGGUGUUGAAGAUGAAAAAACUUCUGUUUAUAAGGAGCAGAAUUCAGUAGAUUCUGAAGACAUUAAUGGGUUUCCAGAACUGACUAUACAUACAAUUGUUGUUGAUGACCAAUUAGCUGUAUCUAAUCAAAGUGGAGAUUUGAAAAUCAAUGGAAACAUGUCUGAGGAAUCCCGAGAAGCUAAUCUUAUCAGUCCUCCUGAUGGAGGCAUAGUCAAUGCUAUCAUUCAAGAGGACAAAGAUGGAAAUGACUCUGAAAAAUUUGUGGAGGCUGCCGUAUUACAAGAGUCUAGUUAUACAUCAAGAAGACAUAUAACACAAGGAGAAGUGCUAUUAACCAAGAGGAACCCUAUCACGGAUGAACCUGCAAUUGAGGAAGGCUUGUCAGUGCCUGAAACUGAUGAAAAUGGAAGGACUACUGUCUCAAGCAGCAGGGAAGAAGUUCCUGCCCAUAGUUAUGAGAAGGGAACAGGGUCUACUAGACAAUCCUACUCACAGGAUGAAAAUAGUCCUGCAAGUGUUUGCCCUGGCCUUCCUAAGGAGGUUGAAGAUUUUGUAGCUGUUAACUCAGAGAAGACUUUGGCUUCCGAAGUUGUGAAUUUAUAUAGUGAAUCAGCGGAUUUAGCAACUGAGGAUGAUUUGGCUUCUCUCUCUCAAAACCAAAAUGGGGAUUCUGAUUGCAGAAAUUUGGUUGAUCCAGAAGCCUUGCAACACACAAAUGAUGUAUGUGAUGAUAUUGUUGCUGGAAUUUCCUCACGGGUCCAUCAGUCAGAUUAUUUUGUUGCUGAGGGACUUGAUAAAACCAUGGAUUUGGGCAAAGUAUUGGAAGUGGAAAAGCCAUUCUCAGGCAAGGAUACCCUCCAAGGGAAAGGUGUUGUUCCAAAUUAUUCAGCUGAAGAUGACCAAACUUCUGUCUAUAACAAGCAGAACUUUGCAGUGUUAGCUAGAUUUUAUGGUGGUCAGCCAAAGGACUGUGAGAAUGCCCGUGGUGAGAGUACAGAAAUGACUCUGCUUGACCAUUCUGAUGGGGAAAGAAGUGCUAGAAAGACCAUGUAUGAGUUUGAUGGUUCUGUUGAGGCUGUUGAAUUGCAGGGGACUGUUUCAGUUGCAGGAAAGGAUAUAGUAAAUAGUUUUAGUUCAAGCAGCCUCAGUUCUGCGGGAAUAACUCCUCUUAAACCCGACACCAUCUCAAAACAUCAAGGAGUUGGAAUCUGCAGUCAAGAGAUAGUAGACGAGGAGUUGAUAGCAAAUGAUAAUGAUUCCAAGGAGGCAGCAUACACGAGAGGAGCAUCACCAGCUGCUGAUGAAGAGACUACUAACGAUGGUUUUGACGCAAAUACAUACAUGGAUGGUAGUUCCCAUUGGGUUACAGAUGAGUUGGAUGUUCCACUUGCCAUUGUGAUGGAAGGUGUAGAUUCUGAGAGGAACUGUUCAUCUGCUUUUGAGGACGUCAGAGGCAAAAGGGUGUCUGAAAGUUUUUGUGGAGAAGGAUGCAGGUCAAUCAGCCUGGAGGAGAGGGAUAUAGCCCCAGCAUGCACUGCUUUACAGAAUAGUGAUGAAAGUGAGCAAGGGUAUCAACUCAAAAAUCUUUUUGGCACACCUGUCAAUAGUACAAAUGCUAAUGAUGAAGAGGAAACUUUUAGUCAUGAAGCUUUAAAAGCUGAUCUAAAAAUAUCUUCUGCCAAGACCAAUAGCAAGGUUGGGGAUGGAGGGUUCAGUCAAAUGGAUGCUCAAGAAAUAUUGAGUGCAACGGAGUGUGAAAAUGAAACAAAGUUACAUAAACGACAUGCGAUGCCAACUUCUGAUGAAAUUCCUGAAGAGGGCUGCAACCAAGGUGUGCGAGAAGGGGUGAAUGUAAUGAUACCUGUCAAUAAGAUUCUUAGCAACAAAGGGGAUGGUAGAUCCAGUCAAUGGGAGCCUUGUAUGGUGGGAGCAGAGAAAGCUGAACAUGAAAAAUCCAUACAGGAAGAGAACACUUUGCUAGACACCGGGGAAAAGGUUACCACUGGGGUCUUCAGUGAAAGCAUGCAAGAAGAUGAAAUUAAGAUUCUGUUUGCUACACCAGUCACAAGUUCAAAGCCUCUCGAAGAAAUGGAAACUUACGGUCAUGGAACUGAAAUGGAAGAUGCAGCCUUGUCCAUGGACAAGACUGACUGCACAGUAAGUGAUGGAAGGUUCAGUCUAAGCACGUCUCAAGAAAUUGCUGUGGGAAGGAAUAGUGAACUUGAAAAGGUGAUAAACAAUGUUAUGUCAGUGACUGGUGAAGAAACUUUUGAUGGCGGCUUUAGUGAAAGCUGGCAAGGAGAGAACCAAGAAUCCCAAUCACACGCAGUUAGGCAGAGUGUUAAGGCAGAAGAUGAAGAAAUGAUUGUAGUUGUUCCAGAUGAUGGGAUCAAUGAUGCCUUGGAGUUUAGACUUUCUGCUUUUGCUUCUGUUGAGUUCGAUGGGGAUAAAGGUAAUGCUCCCCCUGUUACUUCAAAAACUUUCAAUGAGGGUGAAGUUUACAAGGGGAAAGAUGUGGAAGCCAUGAGGGGUAGUGAUGGUUCCAGUGAUGCUAAGGUUGGAUCUGACAUAAAAGACAGUGUAACAACUUCUCAAGAAGUUCUUGAAGACCAACAGAUUAACAAGGAAGAUAUACCGGAAGAAGAUGUUUUAGUUGGUGACACUGUUUAUCAGGGGCCAAACAAGAGUUUAUGUGAUAAUGAAACUCAGAGCGCAGAUAAGGAGACCAACUGGCUGCAUGGUUCCUCAGAAAACAGUAAUUAUACAGGCCACUGUGCUGGUGUAUCCAAGGAUUCUGCUGAACCACAAAACUUUGAGGAUGCUUCUGGAUUGAAACCCCAUUGGAAUGUCAAUACAGCUUCAGUAACAGAACAUGGAUCCACGGAUUUUGAUUUUGAAUCCGAAGAUUUCAGCUGUUGGGAGUUUGAUACAUUUCUAGGAGAUGAUGAAGGAGUAGAGAAAUUAAAUGUGGGGACCUCAGAAACUGAUUGGAAAGAAAAUCAAACUUCUAUGCUUGUUGAGGGGCAAUUGGACAUGCUUGAGCUUCACUUGAAAGAAAAAGUUGCAGAACCAAACAAUAAUCAACUUACCACUUCAGAUCUGCAUAUCUUCGAACGUUAUGAAAUCUUGAAGGAAAGGGAUGUGAUUACUGCCAUUACAGAAGAUGUUGAUUCUGAAUAUAUUGAGAAAGUAUCCGUUGAGGUUGACAGUUCUGGUGUAAUCAUGCAAGAUGAAGUGUCGACAGAGGUGGUAAAAUUAAGUGGCAGUGAACAUGGUUCUGUGGUUAAGCCCAGAGCAGAAGGUGACAUUAAGUACACAGAUGUAGUAAAUAUUACGAAUGCUGGAGUGAAAGAUGAUUCGGCAGCAGGUGGAGAAGGCAAAAAUAUGAAGCAACUGAAUCAGCAAUGGAGUUGAGAGAAGCUACUGUAAUAAGAAUGGCUGAUCAGUCUCCUACAUUCAGUGAUUUUGUUGUCGAUGGAGGUAUACAAAGAUUUAUUAGAAAAUUUUGUCAUCAUCGGGAAAAAAUGCUUCAUAGGUUAUGUUUCAUGCAGUUACUUUACUUUAUACCAGAUUUGAGUUCUGAACGACAUUUUUGAACGAGUUACACAGGCUUGUUCAUUUUUAAGGUUUUGCUGCUAAAGAUGCUUGGACACAGCAACAGGUUCAGAGUAAAGUUCAGAAGCAAAUGUUGAGGAAGGCAACAUGCAGACGAGCUUUAUAACACUGAAAAGGAAGAAUUCUAUAGUCCGUUGGACUCCUGGAACCCCUGAGUAAGCUACUCAUGACCGCUGAUAUGAAGCAGAAUGCGUCCAGCAUCAAACAUAUAGAAAUAGCGUGUUGGUAUUCUAACGGGGAAAUAAGCAACAAAGUGGUGUGCAUCAGAGGUACUCCAGAAGUAAUACUCGUUAGUUUUUUUAUGAAGUGACGAGUGGUGCCUUCUACGGUGAAGAAUAUAGUAUGAUCCCUGUAAAAGUGCAAGCAUAUCUCAUGCAACAUUUGAUGAUACAAGAUCCAUCGUGUGUCGUUUUGUUUCAGUUUUGAUUUUUGUACCUACACACGCGAUUUUGUGAAUGAAAAAUGUAAAUGGUAAGAAACAAGAAGAUUGUAUUAGGCUGUUCAAUGACAUAUUGAAGUAACUUAUGUGUAACAGUUCACUCGGGCGAUUCACUUCUGCCUGCAAGCGGAAUAUUGUGUGGACUGACUGCAUCUGUUUUUCCAGAAGUCGAAUUCUUUGAGGGUCGGUCUCUUGUGUUUCUGCCUUAUUAUAAUUAUUUUUGAUUAUAU